AUGGUCAGCUCCAGCGUUGUCGCCGCCGCCACCACCUCCAUUGUCUCCCUCUACAACAUUGGCGAUGCCGAGAGUGUUGGCGCGUCCGUCAUCUCCGCCGACAAGACAGCCACUGCGUAUUCCAUUGAGUGUAUGAACACUGAUGAGUGCGGUAUGCCCGUUGGUGCCACAGUCACGCAAGGCCCCUCUACGUGGGCCUACACCGUGGUAUAUCCUGAGACUCCUGUUCUUACCCUGACUGCAAACUGCAAGUGGGACUUGACCAGCGACAACGGUUCCUGCACCACCAGAGUGCCCCCUGGCCUCAACGGCAGUCCUGGUGGCUUGAGAAUUGUCGCCACGCAUGGCCUCCUGCAGAGCUUUUCACCCGUCACAGUUACUGCUGGUCUUGAGAAGGUAGCUGCUGCGGCUACUGCUUCUAGCUUGGUGAGCAAGCCCACCGGCGCAUCUGCCUCUCCUUCGUCCUCCCACAACGCGGCGCCCGCUGUGACGCAGCAGGCUGUCUUGGCCGGUGCUGCGGCUGUUGCUGCCGCCUUGGCCCUGUAA